AUGUAUACUGAAGAAUAUGAGAUUGCAACCGCUCUCUUGGCGGACUUGUUUUGGGGUCCACGCGAUAAUCGACCGUUAAUUGAAGACAAACUUGAGGAGCUAAAUAUAUCAAUUGGAAGGAGAAAUGAGCGGAAAGGGAUCCCUGAAGAGAAGGGGAAGAUUGAUAUCGAUUACUUCCGCACGGUUGCCACGCAAUUAGAGUUGUGUUGCGCCGUCACAAACAAGUUGAAUGGAAAUACAAUGUUAUUCCGCAGCCGUCAAGAAGCCAUGAAACGAGAGAUUCGCCGCCGUCACUAUCCGGAAGAAUGGAAUCUCCGUGAGGACGAUUUUUUGGAAUUUGCAAGUGCAGUUGCCCGUGGGAAUAUAACUUUGGACACAAAAAAAGAGCCGCACCAUGGCGAUGAAAGUCCUACCCCAGCGGAAGAGACAGGCGAAGAACAAGCUACGCAAGGGCCUAAGGCGUCAAAACACCUUAUUCCUGUGUCGCAAGUUGAAGAAGAGAUUGAAAGGGAAUUCGGCGUACCUAUACAGCAAGGAGUUGUUGAAGCGUGGUGUUAUGACGCUGACGAUGCGUGUUCCGUCGUCGUCGUGUACGAACAUGCUGGUAGUUGUAUUGCCCGGUUUGAAAACCUACAAGAAACUGAAUUUAAUGAGGACGUGCCAUGCAUCCAGGAUCUCUCAAGGGCUCAUGGCGAGAGUAGAUGGACUAGGACACAGAUUCAGGGUUACGGCUUGGUUGCCUGGAGAGUGGAGGACCAAUAUCAGAACGAUCCGACUGCAAUCAUUCGGCCUGUUGACGGUGCGUAUUACCCGGAGACGUAUAUUGCAGUCCUUUGGGAUGAUGACCAUUGGACAUGGGAAAGUCGGGACGGAUUGAGAUUACUUAUGGAGGGAAGCAUGAAAGCCGACAUUAUUCUCUAUAAGAUGGCUACAACUUUUGAAUCACGUUACCAGCAGAAAAUGACAGGCAAUCUUCCGGAGUAUCCGAUGAAGUUACCCAUGGUUAAUACAUACUGGAGGAAUAUCGCAACUUCGCCGGCCCAGAAUGAUGGAGAAAAUGCGAUAAAGGAAGGAGCCGACGUAGAAUACGGGAUGGAAGGCGAAUUCCAGAAGUCGGAAAUGGAGGGUGGCUCUUGUUCUUUGCUUCGUGGCCUGGAAGUGGGCACGGAUGGAUUGAUAUUUGAUGAGUUCAAUGAAUUAGCUGGCGAGGUUGUUGAAGGGGAUCUCGAAUAUGUAGUUGGCUGUGUUGUCAACGAGUACAACGAGAUACUGGACAUAGACGGAGCUGUAGUGGGACAUGCUGAAGUCAUUUCGCCAACCCCAGCGCAGAAGGCUCGACAUCCCGCUCCAAAAAAGGUACAUUUUCUCAAAGAUGAGAAGUCUUCACUGUCACUAAAGUCCAGAUCUUCGAUUCCCUUGAAGAAGAAAUCUCAAGCCAAAGCUUUAGCGCCGGGGAACCCGGGCCGGUUGACAGUACAAACUUACCCAGUACACAAUGUAAUAUUUCAAGUCCAUACCGCUGAGCCUGUAUUCAAAGCACGUGACUUCAGCUCAUCGUUGAUCUCUACCAGUGAACAUGUGAUUCUCCAUAGGUCGGCUGAUUCAAUUUUCAAAUCCGACUGGAGUCAUGUGACUGCUUAUCCUAUGACGGCGUGCUUCACCCCUGCAUUUAUGCACAGGGCCGCCGAAAACGUCAGCAUGGCUGGCAAAGGGUACAUGAUCUGGAAUUGUAAUCGACCUCUCCCAGGAGAGACUAUUAAAAGCAUUCAAGACGCAGUUGAACGGGAUAAACUAUACGGGCCACUUCUUGAUGAGACAAAAGCGACAUAUAACUGCGCAGAUGACUGGAAAAAACAUCGGGAAGAAUGGAAAAAGAUCAUUAUGGAUGGUAGUCGGUUUGAGAUCAUCAUUACCGCGAGCCUUCCCAGCGAUCGCGCUGAGCCUUACUUUUGGCAGGGGCCCCUAGUCGGAAGAUUCGUGAAAAAUAGAUCCUUGUCUCGAUUUAGGAAAGCGCAGCCAUGCCCGGAAUCUAUUGCAUUCCUCAAGCCAUUGGACGAAGCGCUAACACCCGCCAAUGGCAUGUUUAAGAUCUACCCAGGAUCGGAGAAUCUACAAACGGAAGAAGAACUUAGGGCCAGUGGAAUUUCUGCGGAGACAGUAUCCAUAGGAAGAAACCAAUUAUUGGUAAUUGGUCCAGUAUGGGUGGAAACAAGAGAUGAAGGGCGCGCCGUAUUCUUAUGGGCAGGUUACUCGACCAACUUGAUUGGGAUUGAUGACAACAAAGCACUAGAUUUUAUUCAGGCUGCAUACAAAGGCAAUGCGGUGGACUAA